UUCGCCAUAGUUUCCUCACAAUCAUGUACCGGAGUCCACCACUUCCCAUUUUUCCUUCUGAAUCUGCUGUUCUAGCCACUGUCCAGUUAGCAGAUCCUGAUAGCCGUCCAUACUCCCAACUCAAGAGUACAGCGAGACAUGUGAGACAGAUCCCUCCUCCAUGGAGCACGGCGACGGCAAAACCGCCGCCAAGCGAACCAGGCUCGCCGGCGGCGGCGGAGGCACCGACCACCUCCUCAGCGCGCUGCCCGAUGACUUGGUUCUCCACAUCCUUCACACGCUCCGCGAUUCCCCCGCCGCCGCCCGAACCAGUCUCCUCUCCCGCCGCUGGCGCCGCCUCUGGGCCCUUCUCCCGCAGGUCUACUUCCCCGGAUACACCGCACCCCACCUUAUAGCCCCCGCCCUCGCUGCCCAUGAAGCGCCGACCCUCCAUCACCUCGUUGUCUUCGUCCAGGACGCCCCUGCCGAAUCCAUGGCGGCCUGGCUCCCAAUUGCUUCACGCCGCCUCUCCGGCGAUCUGUUCUUCGACAACAAGGUGCAGCAGAAUGGUGGGCGGGACGAUGCCGGAGAAAGAGGGGCCUUUGAGCUGCCCUGCUUCAAGAACGCCACCUUGCUCUCGCUCCACCUGGGGUUUCUCGGCCUCGCGGCGCCGCCUACCGGGGUAUUCACCCGGCUCACCAAUCUCUGCCUUGUUCACUUCAGGCUACACGGUCCGUGCCAGCUCGGGGACGCCCUCUCCUCUCCGCGGUGCCCGGCCUUGCGAGAACUCACUCUCUGCGAUGCCCGGGGCCUGGACAAUUUCACCAUACAUUCGGAGUCUCUAAUGACAAUAAAGCUCAGGAAAUUGCAUGGCCUGCAGCGCCUCACUGUUGUGGCGCCGGCACUCAAAGAGUUAACUGUCUUCUACAGCUUUGCUAAUGCCCCUAAUCCAAGUCAAGCGGUUGCCACCAUCUCAACCCCUCGGCUGGUGUCGCUUGAGUGGGGUGAUGCUUAUGAUCCAGUCUCUGUUCAGUUUGGCAGGAUGACACGUCUUCAAUGGCUGGGCACAAGCUUUUAUGUUGUAUAUGGACCAAGUGGCAUUGAACACAAUCGCGAUUUGAUGAGGCUCUUCCGGCACUUUAAGGCCAUCCACAGUUUGAGACUUACACUGAACUAUCAGCGGGACCUAAGUAACAGGCAAUACUUGAUGGAGGAUAUGACAAUGCUCCCAGUCAUUUCAUUAUUGAGCAUUAGUGUAAUAGCACAUGGACAUGCCUGUGGAGCCAGCUUAUUCCAUGUUCUCAGGAUGUGUACCGGUGUAAGAAGGCUGAUCCUAACAUUAAAUCCUCAUACCAGUUUGGAGGUACAAACAUGUCCAGUAGGUUGCAUAUGUGAUCAGCCACUAAACUGGAGAUCUGAGGAGCUGGUGCUGGAUUGCCUCGAAGAUGUAGAAAUCAGAGGGCUGAGAGGAACCGAAUGGGAAGUAGCUCUGGUGGAACGGUUAUUUGGCUGGUCUACAGCACUAAAGACGGUGAAUAUAACUUUCUUCCGUUUAAUGACUGAAAGCAGGGCCAAGGAGUUGCGCCAGAUGUUACUACGCUUCUCCAGUCCAGACACAUGUAUGACAUUUUAGGUGUAUACUGCGGUUCCUGUUCAGUAUGUUGUAGAAGAUUCAUUGAGCUCCAGGCGUGCAAGAUCCGGCGGUUGCCAUGCUCAAGAGUGGCGAUGCAUUUUUCUUGUGAGAUGGUGAAUAAUUUGCUGGUAUUUGUGUAGAACAGCUCGGUACUUGUUACGGAGUUCUUGAAUCGGAUGUUGAGACUUAACUCGGGUGUGGAUUUUUAACUAUCUUGUCA